AUGUUCAGGCGCUCUUUCGUAACUAAGAACCGGGCGGGCAAGAACGUCAAGGUUGCUAAGAAGAGACACGAGGAGCAGGCGAAGGAGAAGACGCAUCCCAAGAUGGACAGUUCCUCGAUGGAAAGUCCACUUACCAGCCCCAUCGUCACGAUGAUUGUGGGCAGUGAUCAGCGUCUCUUCGCCGCCCACGAGGAUAUUCUAUCCGUUUCGCCAUUUCUUAGUGCCGCUCUGAAGGAGCAAUUCCUGGAGAAUGGCGCUAAGGAACUGACUUUGCCCGAUGAGGAACCUGAAAUUCUGUCAUGUAUUCUCGAGUUUCUGUACAAGGGUGACUAUUUCCCCCGCCUGCUUCACGGUAAGCGUCGUCACUCUUGGUCCCUCGAGAACGCCCAGGACACCAACGAAACUGGUGGCCGCGGGUCGAGCGAGGCAACCUUCUUCCACCCUGGAGUGGGAGACAUUGUCCUCCGUGAUACCGUGGUGUAUUGUGCUGCCGAGAAGUAUGGCCUGGAAGAGCUCAAGCGUAUUGCUUUCCGAAAGCAGGGCCUCCAAAGUGGAAUCCCGGCCGAUGUGAUAUUGCGAUCCGCUCGAUACGCAUAUGACAACACCCCAGAUACAGACUCUCGACUGCGCGCUCAUUACCUGGCUCUCAUCAUCCGCAGCCGCAAGACUUUCAAGAGCAGUGGAACUUUGCAGAUGGAGAUGGAAAAUGGCGGCAAGUUGUUCUUCGAUCUGUUUGUGGCAAUGUGCAACCACAUGGACGAUCUCUCUGAAUUGCGGUACGAUUCACCUUCUCUCUCAUUCUCAGAUCCUUCAUUUACUGCUGACUUCUCCUCCAACUCUGAGCCAUGA